AAUCAUAUCCAUCUUAUCCAUCAAUUCACCAUUGGCUCACACUCAUGGCACACCAAAAUUGCAAGAGAGCAAUAAGGAUUAAGGGACGAAUGAAUUGUGUUUUGUGAUAUUGAGCUAAUUACAAGUGUGAUCAUGAAGCUCUUACAAGUUACUUCACCUCCAAAUUUCCAUUCUUGCACCUUCCCAAGCAUUCCUUCUUCUGCCAAGCCCACAUUUCCACCCUUCUCUUCUCCGACAAUCACCAAAAGCCGGCUCAUCACUAGAGCUCACCGGCCAACAUGGCUCCCUGGCCUCGACCCACCAUCUCACCUUGAUGGCAAACUUGUUGGUGAUUUUGGAUUUGACCCUCUUGGUCUCGGUGAGGACCCAGAGAGCCUUCGGUGGUAUGUCCAAGCCGAGCUUGUCCAUUGCCGGUUCGCCAUGGCCGGAGUCGCCGGCAUUCUCUUUACUGAUUUGCUUCGGGUAACAGGGAUAAGCAAGUUACCAGUUUGGUAUGAAGCAGGCGCUGUGAAAUUUGAGUUUGCAAACACUACCACACUUUUCAUUGUGCAACUCCUUCUCAUGGGAUUUGUGGAAACAAAAAGGUACAUGGAUUACAAAAAUCCAGGAUCACAAGCUCAAGAAGGCACAUUUUUUGGAUUGGAAGCUUCUCUUGAAGGUUUAGAACCAGGAUAUCCUGGAGGUCCAUUGCUGAAUCCACUUGGUCUGGCCAAGGACAUCCAAAAUGCCACUGAAUUAAAACUAAAAGAAAUCAAGAAUGGGAGACUUGCAAUGGUAGCAAUGGUGGGGUUCAUUGUGCAAGCAUAUGUAACUCAUGCUGGACCAAUUGAUAACCUAAUCACACACCUCUCAAAUCCAUGGAACAAGACCAUAAUUCAAACCCUAACAGCCUCUUAUUCUUGACAACACAAUGCAUUUGCCAAUCAAAACAAAACCCUAAAUCAAUCUGUAGUUUCAACUUCCUUGUUUUCACUUCAUUUAUCAUUUCAUUUAAGAGUACAAAAAUUUAAAUAA